GCUUAGCGUGAGCCUGAUUAGUUUGUUUUGCAGCAGGUGGGUGCAUGAUGAUAGUAGGGAGAAGCAUCCAAACAAAUGCAUGGACAUAAACUUACUUCUGUACCAGUUCCAGAAAAGAUGGUGGCCACUGUGCACACCUUGUUCACCUCAAGAAAACAUGUUCAACCUGAUAACCAACUGCUUCUCCUGGGUCUCCAAAAUACAGGAGCCAAUCAGGAAGGUGACCGUUCUCGUGGUUGGUAUUGACAAAGCAGGGAAGACCUCCUCCGUCAGAGGCAUGUUAAGAGUCCCCCAUGGUGUAGACGCUGGGCCCACCCAUGGCUGCAUUAGAAAUGAGCUGAGAGUGGAGAACUAUCUGGUCACGCUGUUGGAUGUGGGAGGAUCAGUGGACUCGAGAGGAGCCUGGAGGCAGCUCAGCGGAGAAGCCCAUGGCAUCAUCUUUGUGGUGGACUCCAGUGACAGGCAGAGGAUGAAGGAGGUCAAGGAAGUUCUUACGGACUUUCUGAAGCAGCCGAGGGUUGCAGGAAAACCACUAUUAGUGUUGGCAAACAAACAGGAUAAAAUGAAUGCUUUGCUGGGAACCGAACUGAUUGAGAUCCUAUCUCUGGAGAGAUUGGUGAACCAGAGCCGCUCCCUGUGCCAUAUCGAGCCUUGUUCAGCCUUAAUGGACCUGCGGCGCUGGUCGGACAGAAAGACUCUGCGAGGUCUUCGCUGGCUGCUUCGUGCCGUUAGUCUGGGUUAUCCAGAGCUCUGUGCUCGUAUAGCCCUAGACAGCAAGAGGCCCCUGGAGCCAAAAGAAAAGGAGAGGAAUGGAAAAGCUGAGAAAGUGCGCAGAAAAGGCAAAGCUGAACGAAUGAGAUCCAGCAAGACCGAUCUGCGUCAGGUUCGUCGUCCCAAAGAGAAGGAGAAGAAGACCAAGGGCGAAGGAAAACUCCAACCCAUUCGCAACAUGUUACAAAAGGAGGCUACGCUGGAAAAGAAGCUGAAUACAAAGAAGAAGAAGAAACCCGUUAAGGUAAAAGAAAGUCAGAAAGAUGACAAGGAAAUUCAUGCGGAGGAGGAAGAAGAGGUUGAUGGUAACGAAGGGGAACAAGAAAACUCCUGUCACAGAGACAAAGCCAGCACGGCCCUGAUCCCUCCGAAAAAAAGCAAGCUGAAAUCCAAGAGAAAGGUGAAAAAGGAGACGCCGGACGUGCAGGAAUCACUACAAAAUGACGAGACGCUGCUCAAAGUCAAGGAAGAAAGGAGGAAGAAGAAGAAAGUUGUGAAAGUAAAAAGGACAAACAAAAUCAACACAGAGGAUACACCUGGCGAUUACUCACAACCCUUGGACCUCUCUGCGACGAUUGAUCUUUACCGAAAAGCAAUACUGGCUCUGAAGGAACGUCAGGAUCAGGAUCAGGGGCAGUGAGAGUGAACCCUGGUUGUGUCCUGCCCCCUGAGUGUGAGGAUGUGAUCCAAAAAAAAGUCUUAUGCAACACUGCAUCACUUAUAUUUAAAAAAAAAAAGCACAGAAAAGAAAAUGCUAUUUCUAUAUCAGUGACUAUGCAAUAGACAAACUACCUGAUCCCUGAACCUUUGGAGAGGAACUGCAAGUCCAUUGUGUGUUGAAGGAAAGGUGAAUAACUGUGAAUAAAUAAAAACAAAACAAUAAUGUAAAUUAUAAAAUAUAAGUUAAUUACUGUGGAAGGAUGUUGUAUUCAGUUUUAAAGGAAUAAAAGCUAUGUUUUUUCUGAAUUAGUUUACAUUAAAUCGAAAACAAAACAAAAAUAUCUGCUCUGUUUAUUCUGAAUUCAACAGAUAAUAAAGGCUCCAUUAAACAGUAGCUGCAUUAGCAUGUUUUAUGAUAAUGAUUAGAGACCUCUCAUUGCAUCAACAACAGUAAUACUAGAUAUUGGGUUAUACCCAGUAGAGAAUCAGAUAAAAACAAAAAAAUGUGUCCUUAAAAAUUGACUCAGUAAUGCAGAAAGAAAUCCUGCAAAUUCAAAAAGACAAAACUGUUUUUAUCCAUUAAAAAUAUCUUAAAUCAAUAAAACUAAAUAAAAAAAAAAGAAGAAACUAUCAUGUAGAAAAACAAAGAAAAAUUAAAUGAAUACAGAAAAUGAGAAAAUGUUUUUAUUUUAAUUCAGAAAAACUGAGCUUUUGCUUCCAAGUGAGUGCAGUACCUCCCAUAAUGAACAUGUGUACUUGGCCAAAAUGUAUUUGAAUGUAAGGGAAUUGUGGUUUUUGAACUAUGCUUUUUUUAUGACUUGUACAUUUUUUAGCACUGAGCAAAGCUCUAGGAAAUGUAUGGCACAUUGAAUCUACAAGCAAAUUUGUUAUUGUAUAAUUAAUAAACAUUUUGUGUCUAUAA